GCCCCAGACGACGUAUUAGAGCAAGAAUUGGCUCAGUCGACGACAGCUAAGAGCUAUGGGUGCAUACGGCCAGUCUCGUGGCUCGGCUCCUCCUGCCUAUGCCCACGAAAUUACAGAUUCAUUUCAUUUUCCUCCAGUAUCUACUCCUCAUGCUACGAGUGAACAGCUCCCAGCGUUGGUAUCACCUGUAACCACUCCUCCAACGUCGACUGACUCCCCGCAAGUCACCUCUUCCGGGGAAGCUAUGCCGGUUGUAUUCCCUGAUCCACCUGAGGCUACGCCUGAGGAUGUAAACCGAUUUAUCGAGGAACGAGUUCGUCUCGCGGCUCGACGCUAUAGGAUGGACUUAUCUCCCUUUCGACGCAACGUCAGACUACCCUUGGUACUGUAUUCCACAGGGCAAUUCAAUCCCAUUCCCACUAAUAUGAGUACAGUGCGAACAUCAACUGCUGCUGUCGAUAAUCUCAGCCUGCCUCAACAGCCAGGUGAAUCUUCACCCACUGUCCCGACUUCACAUAGUUCGGAAACUCAAAAAACAGUUGAUGCCUUGAAUGAAGCUCGACGCGAGGUCUUCAAUCGAGGUUUACUUCAACAAUUGCAUGAUGAGGACAUGCUAUUGUAUGGACAAACCAUGGUCCCUGACCAGGGUGUUCAUAUUGAUCUGUAUGGAGAUGCUACUCAUCCAGAUUUUCCAGGCAUUCGGAUUUUUCUUCCGCAUAUACGCUCGGAGGUGUACAACCCUCUUCGAGCUCGAUUUCCACCGCCGGAAAACACCUCUGUGCCUCCAACCGGUGUUCCCACUGCUCACGUACGAUCCUCUGUAUCGCGAGCCUUGUCGCAAACUAUUGUUGACCCUAUAGAAGAGCGGAACAAGGCUCUGAUCUCUAAAAUUAAGGGAAGAGUAGAUAUGUUCCCCCACAUCAUCGGCCACCAUCUCGACAUCCUAAGGUCGAGAAGGAUGAACCCCCUCUCCAGUUUGGUGACUCGAGACCUCGAGACCAACCUACAAGACCUGAGGCUAGUACUAGGCCAAAUACUCAGUAUUCCUGGUGAAGAACAGAGGCCACGACCAUUGCAGGCUCCACCACAGCCUAGGACUCGUGUAGGAGCUGCUGCACCUAAUCUUGAUCCAGGAGACGACGGAUCCUCUAGUGAUUCGCAGGAUUCCACUCCAGAUCCUCCGAAUCCACCACCUAAUGGUCGUAACCCUCCUAAUCGUCACCCAGAUCCACCAACGCCGCCUCGACAGCGUCCUAAUCGUCCAGAACAUGGUGCUACACCUCUAGUGCCUUCACCUCGACCCCAGGCCGUUCCUGUGAACGCGCAGUCGAAUCACUAUGAUCUUCGCGAGCCUGCUAGUUACUUCGACUCUGUUUUGGCUCGUGCAGGUCGUCCUCCUAACGAUCCUCCUCCUCCGCCACCACCUGGAGGACCAGGAUCUCAUCGUAGUGGUUCCAGUAACCGACAUUCGUCACGCUCUGAUAACCCACAAGCUCGCGAACCGACUCCUGCUCAUUUUCAGGAAGUCCGUUUCACAUCUCAGGAACCUCGUUUCAACAACGAGGAGAUAUUCGAGUAUCUCCCUGUUAUGAGAUCUGAGGUUGAAAUUAUGCUUGCAAUUUUUCAGCGCUAUGAACGCCUCGUGAAUCGCAAUCUCUUGCGUGUUCAACGAGGACUGGAUUCUAAUGUCCAGAAAACAUCUUUACAGAGUAUUCCUCGUCCCCAAAAAUAUGAGGGAAGCUCUGACCUUAUAGAAUUCGAUGAGUGGACCUUCUCUAUCAUUAGAUGGAUGAAGAUCACAAAUAUUUGUGGCCCUGUUUAUACUGAAGAUGAAUGGGGUGGACAGCAGCUUUCUGCCAUUGAUAUGCAGCAUACGAGCACUCUUGCAACCUUUUUGGGGGAGAUGCCCUACACUUUUGAAGGUGGUGUUUGCCAGCUAUUUGCGAGUUUAUUACGAUUUGCAAACAUGAUGCCUUCACCACCAGACAUCUAUACGUUCCGACGAUGUCUAAUGAUCUCGUUACCUUCAAAUAUUCAUCAGGAAGUCACUCGCAUGGGUCUCACUGCCGAGGUUUCGACUGUGAAUGAUAUUAUGCAGCGUGCUCUUAUUGUUGAGAAGGGUAUCCGUGCAGAACGAUAUUACAGUCAACAACGGCAAGACCAUAUAUCUCAACUUCGUAAGUCAUCGAAGGAGAAUGCCAAAUCUGCAAAGAAGAGGCAUUCUCCAUCACCUCGUAAAUUCAAGAAGGUUCAGGGUGAGCGCCAUAGCACUCGACCCAAUCCUGGCUACGAAAAAUUCAAGCGAAUUCGUGAUCAGCCCAAGAAGGAUCGUCCAUCUUCAGGGCAUAAAUCAUCGCACCCACACCACUCUAAAGACAAGGGAAAAUCGAAUCCUAACUCGAAAAUCCCUACCUUGCUACGGCUGUGGGAAGAAGGGACAUUACUCCAAUGA